AUGGCUUCCACGGCCCUCGCGAGCGUGUGCCCCAUCGCGUCCCUCUCCGGGCGCUCGUCGCCGGCGAGCUACCGGGCCGUGAGGUGCUGGGGCGCGAGGAGGGGGAGGCGGCGGAGGUCGGCGGGGCUGAGGGCGAGGUGCGCGGGCGGCCAGCCCUCCGCCGUGAAGCCCGGCCCGGAGAGCCCCGCGGACGACGGGUCGGUCGGGGACGAGGAGCAGCCGCACCCGCAGUUCGACCUCAACCUCGCCGUCGUGCUCGCCGGCUUCGCGUUCGAAGCCUACAGCACCCCACCCGCAGAUGCGGGCUGGCGCGAGACGGACGCGGCCGAGUGUCAGACGGUGUUCCUAUCCGAUGUGUUUCUCCAUGAAGUAUACGAUGGCCAACUAGUUGUGAGGCUCAAGAAAGGCAACAGUCUUCCUGCAAUGGAUCCAUGGGGUACAAGUGAUCCUUAUGUAGUUCUACAACUUAACGGUCAAACUGCAAAGAGCCAAAUUAAAUGGGGGACGAAGGAGCCAACCUGGAAUCAAGAUUUCACAUUUAACAUUAGGACGUCUCUAGAAAAUCUACUCCAGGUUGAGGCUUGGGAUGCAAACCUUAUCACCCCACACAAACGAAUGGGAAAUGCUGGGUUGUAUCUUGAAACACUUUGUGAUGGAAAUAAACAUGACAUCACUGUCGAAUUAGAAGGCCUUGGUGCUGAUGGUGGUGGAACUAUUGAUUUGGAGGUCAAAUACAAGAGUUAUGAUGACAUUGAGCGUGAUAAACAAUGGUGGAGAACACCUUUUGUGUCUGACUUUCUUGAAGAGAGCAGCCUAGGAUCUGCUCUUAGGACGGUCCUUGGAUCUGAAACUGUAAAUGCAAGCCAGUUCGUGCAAUCUGCAUUUGGGCAACUGAGUUCUUUAACUGACACAAACCUUCUAAAGUCAUCGUCUUCUGAUAGUGAAGCUGAGGUUUCUGAAAGGCCUGACGAAUCCAUGGAUAACUCUAUUAGUUCAGAUGAACUGCAACAGCAGAAGAUUGAUUCGAUAGCUUUUGGAGAGAACUCAGAUUCCCUGAGUGAACCUGUAGACACUGCUGCCGUUGUUAACAGUGAGGGAAACACAUCAACCGAUAUGAAGGAACCUGAUGAGUACUUCUGGAGUGCUUUCACCAAAACACUCAACCAAAAUGUUCUUAAGAACUUUGGAUAUUCUCUUCCAGAGGCUAAGCAAUUGGAUGGAUUUGACCUGCUAAGUUCACUUGGAUCAAAAUCACGUGAAAUGGCUGAACAGCUAUAUUUAGAAUCUGGACUGGCGACAGCAGAUACAUCAACCAGUGAUGGCAGCGAAACAACUCCUGAACAUACAGUCAGUGUUGACAAUGAAGAUAGCACAAAGCCUGCUAAAGAAGCAGUGCAGGCUUCCUUUCCAGACAUUAAUGAAGUAUCUCGUGAUGUAUUGUCUCAAACAGAGAAUGUACUAGGAGCUUUGGUGAUUCUUUCUAAGAACUUCUCAUCCCAAGGCAAGGAUUCAGUAGACGAAGCAAACCAGAAAGAUAAUUCGAACGCAGAAGAACAAGGUGCUGCAGAUUCUGUUGAUGAGGAUGGUGCUGCUGUUGCAUCCACCGAAGUGUCCAUAAAUACACAGAAAACAGAUGAUACACGUCAACUGUUUGCAAGUGCCGAGACUGCUGUGGAGGCAUGGGCUAUGCUUGCCACUUCAAUGGGGCGUUCCAGUUUUAUAAAAUCAGACUUUGAGAAGAUAUGUUUUCUGGAUAAUGUUUCAACGGACACACAGGUUGCCAUUUGGCGUGAUUCUUCACGAAGAAGACUGGUUGUUGCCUUUCGAGGGACUGAGCAAACAAGGUGGAAGGAUUUGAUAACGGACUUGAUGCUUGUCCCUGCUGGACUAAACCCUGAGAGGCUGGGUGGUGACUUCAAACAAGAAGUUCAAGUUCACAGUGGAUUCUUAAGCGCAUAUGACUCUGUUAGGAAUAGGAUCAUGGCUCUUGUCAGACACGCCAUUGGAUAUAUGGAUGAAGAAGAUGCAGAAACCAUACCUACGUGGCACGUCUACAUAACUGGACAUAGUUUAGGUGGAGCACUGGCAACCCUUCUCGCUCUUGAACUUUCAUCAAGUCAAAUGGCUAAGAAUGGUGUUAUAUUCGUGACAGUGUACAAUUUUGGCUCUCCUAGAGUUGGAAAUAGAAGGUUUGCUGAUGUCUACAAUGCGAAAGUAAAAGAUAGCUGGAGAGUUGUCAAUCAUCGAGAUAUCAUUCCAACAGUGCCACGUCUUAUGGGCUAUUGCCAUGUGGAAACACCAGUUUAUCUUAAAUGUGGAAAUCUAACAGAUGCACUGGCAAAGGAAAUUUUGGAUGAAGACCAAGGUGAUGAGAUAGGCGAGUACACCCCUGACGUGCUUGUUAGUGAAUUUAUGAAAGGAGAGACACAGCUUGUGGAAAAACUACUCCAGACGGAGAUAAAUCUACUUCGCUCAAUCAGGGAUGGCUCAGCUCUUAUGCAGCACAUGGAAGACUUUUACUACGUCACACUUCUAGAGACUGUGAGAUCAAGGUACCAAUUGGUUGAUGAUGCAAGCCAAGAAUAG